UUCCCAUCUUCGCUGGUUCGCCGAGGCUGGGCAGUCUCCGCCGGCCGCAGCCCGAAGACGCAGCCUUGCAGAGGACGCGUUAGCGGUCAGAUGGGUCCAAUUUUGAGCCUCGGAGGAGCUCCCGUUGCCUCACGGCGGCUGCUAGACGAGGGCCGGACGCCUCUCAGGCGCCGGCGACUCAACUUUGAUCCGGCGGCCUAUUUAUUGAGGGUGGCUUCACGACUCCGGCCCUCGCACGCGCCCACACGACCCCCUGGACCGGCCUGUCCGACCCACCCCUCUCGACGCGCACCACGCGCCCGACGCAGGAGCCGCGCGGAAGUCGGCGCUCGACGUCGCCGCUCGACCUCCGCCGCGAGAGGCGUCUCGCGGGGCCUGUUCGAGCGUAGUCAGGGGCCGCUCUGCUGACUUGAGCUCUCCGCGGCGCGAUUUCUGCAGCUCCUACCGGAUAAUCAUACCCUCCACGACACCGGCGUACAUGGCGACGGUCCCGUGCACCGGCGCCGUGCCGAGCCGUCCUCCUGCUCGGCAACCAGCUCCGCCGUGUCUCGAUGCCGGCAGCAUCCGGUGCGUCGCCGCCGGCGACACCGCCCGCUGCGGCGAGUGGCAUGUGCGGUGGCGCGCCCUGCUGCGUGGCCGCCGCCGGCUCGGACGUGGCCGCGGCUGGAGCCGGGCCUGGGUCGGUCGCGGCCAGAGCCAAAAAUGGAGCGCAGCUAGGGCUGCGCAGCGAACAGGAGCGAGUUCGCGCUGCGGUGCUCAGUACGGCGAGUUCGCUCUGCGGCCUGCUCGGGCUUUAUCUCUCGCGUCUCGGCUGCGUUGGCUGCUAAAGUCUUUUUUAUCGGUGCGUUUUAGCUGUUUUAGCAGCAAACGUCCGAAUUCUGCAGC